AUGGCAACUCCCUCGUCGUCCACCACGACGCCCUCACCGCAACUUAGGUUCCUCCAGACCAGCGCGGCCGCCCCUCCUGUCGCCGCCAACAUAAAUACGACUGUCACCGCGAACGACAAGGAGGAGAGAGACCGAGCUGUGGAGAAAUUCCUCGCUCGAGCUGAGAUCGCGAAGCUCACCCGCGGGCUGCGUACCCGGCUCUCGUAUGCCUCAUACAAGGCAACGCACAACGUGGCGCACAACACGCUGCCGGAUCUUGAGGCGCAGUCGCAAAGCCAAGGCGCGAACACACGCAACGCGCAAGGCAGGACCGCGGGCAACUACUACAAUAAUCCCGCGACGCAAGGCAACAGCGCGAUGUCGCCCGGCACGUCGGCGAGGGCAGCACCGCGUAAGGGUUCGAUGGCGCCGCCACCACCCGUGACAGCAUCUGCGACGCAGAGUCUGUUCGCGUCGAUAUUGGCGCCGCCGCCGGCGAAGCGCCCGCGCACUAUCCAUAAUCCCCAAGAUCCGCCAGUACCGGCGCCGACACGGAUGACCGGUGCGCCUUCUCCUCUGCACAAAAGCUCGAAGACGCGAGUAGCAGAGGGAUCGCAGGCGAAGUCAAAGGCGCGGAAGCCGGCCAGAGGUAAAGGGAAGGGAAAAGAACACGCGAACGCGCCGGCCAGGGCGGCUGCAGCGAAUAGUGCAGAGGUGGACGUGGACAUGCAGGUGGCGGCGACGCUCACCUCGCUGAUGCUGUCGCGCCAGUCCAUCCCUACGAACGCGUCGUCCCCGCGGUCGAGCCUCUCGGCUGGGUCGGAUGCAGGUUCGACACAGUCGUUCUCACAAUACGCGCAGAGCUCAGCACGGACGGUCACGGCUGCGGCGUCCACGUCGGCGCAAGGACGGCAGAGCACGCCUGCGCCGGGUGGAAGACAGCGGCGCGAGCUGUCGCGCGACAGAGGGCGUGGCGAGGGGCAGUUGACGCCGAAGCCGCUGCACCGUGUGGUCAGUCGCGUCGGCGCCUCGGACACACCACAUCAGCCGAGUGACACUGAGGCGGCGGAUCUCAUGCUCUUUCUAGCUACAUCGCCGUCCCCAGUGCGCCCGGCAGUCACUCGGGAUGCAAGGGACGUCGCAUUUCGCGGGCUGGGAGGAAGUUCCUUGAAAGGACGCGCGUUGUUCUCAUCCCUUAGCGGAAAUCCCUCGCUGGACGCACAAAGGCCUCUCCGCAGGGAAGACACUGGUAGCUUUGCAUCCAGCAUUACAGCCGUCAAUGACUAUCCGGACGCGAUACCUGGUGAAGGCGCGAAUAGGAAAUUAUCGCGCUCACCGCCUCCGAAAUUGGGCGUGUCGCAGGGUACUGAUAGCAGUUUUCUGGAUGUACCAAUGGAGCCCACUAUUACACCCCCAACACCCACCGACCACACCGCAGUACAGUUGCUUCCAGCCCCACAAUCGCCCUUUCAGGAAGAUCGCUCACGUACGACCAGGAGCCCUACCUUCACGGACCGCCCGUCAUCUGCAGCACUCAGACCCGGCUUUCCUCCGCCCGACGGCAAGAAAGUCGCCUCGCCUCCGCCCUUCUACAUAAGCGACUUUGUAAACGUGUCGCCUUCACCUGCCGCGGGUGCGGGACCACAAUCAAGGCAUGGUACAAGCCUCUCGGUGGACAUUGGUGGGCGGCGAUUAUUCGACGACUCCCGUGGGCUGAACGGUUCUGGAAGGCGUACAGAUAGUGCUACGGGGCGCAGAAGCGGAUUGGGGACCGGAAUUGAUCUGGUCAAGAGCUGA